AUGGGAGCUCAGUUGUCGCUGUUGGCACCAACUGGACAAUCAAUUGCUGUUUCAGCCUACGUUGACGUUCUUGAUGAGAUUCAUUACAGUAGACCUAUAGGAACUUCACGGUUUUUGAAGACUGUUAAGGCGCAGGACCCGGACGGUGCUAUAGUGGUGAAGGUGUUUAUCAAACCUAGUGAGGAGUUCCCUCUUGGUCAUUGGAGGAAAGUACUGCAGAGCUAUAAGCAAAAACUAGCCGAUGUUCCAUCAGUGCUCUCGUAUGCAAAGAUAAUCGAGACUGAUCGUGCUGGAUAUCUGAUUCGUCAGUUUAUCAAGACCAAUGCGUACGACAGAAUCAGUACAAGACCAUUCCUGGAAGACAUUGAGAAGAGAUGGAUUGCCUUUCAGCUACUGAAUACGCUGAGCGAAUGCCACGAGCGCGGUGUUGUACAUGGUGAUAUCAAGACUGAGAACAUACUGGUCACGUCGUGGAAUUGGACACUACUCAGUGAUUUUGCACCUUUCAAACCUGUUUAUCUCCCUGAGGAGAAUCCAGGUAGCUUUUCAUUCUAUUUUGACACAUCACAGAGAAGAACAUGCUACUUGGCACCUGAAAGAUUCAUAAAUCAAGGAAAUUCAAUGCCGUUGGAUAAUAAGGCUUUAGUGACAAAGGAGAUGGAUAUCUUUAGUAUGGGGUGUGUUAUCGCAGAGAUAUUUCUUGAAGGAAGGCCAAUCUUCACUCUGUCACAACUAUACAAAUACAGAAAAGGCGAGUUUGAGCCUGAUCUUUCGGCGAUUCAGGAUGAGAAAUUGCGUGACUUGAUCAACAGUAUGAUCCAGUUGGAUCCUAAGAAAAGAUUGAACGCAAGGGACUAUCUAGAAACGUACAAAGGCUCGAUCUUCCCUACCAAUUUCUACAGUUUCAUCUAUGAGUACUUCAAAAGUUUCAACGAGGAGAUCCCGUAUAACUCUGUCGGCAAUAUCUUCGAAUGUGAUUCAAGAAUUUCCCGCCUGUACAACGAUUAUGAUAAGAUUGCAUAUUUCCUUGGUUAUACGUAUCCUGAAUCUGAAACCACUGAGGACGAUGAGAUACGACUACAGAGAGGAGAGCUCACACCAAUACGGCUUUCUCUAUCAGGGGUUCCCAAAACUUACAACAUGUUGUCGACAUCCAAAUUCGAACAAACCGAUGAUUCGGCUUUGGUGAUCUUGAGUUUGAUAUUCACAGCACUGAGGAACGUUCGAAGAGAAACAUCAAAGAUUCAAGGGUUGGAACUCAUUUUAGCUCUCUCAGAGCGUAUACAUGAUGAGGGGAAACUAGAUAGAUGCUUGCCAUAUAUUAUUUCACUGUUUGAAGACGAUUCGAUCAACGUCCAAGCAAAGGCCCUCAAGGUUAUGACUCAAAUGUUAUUGCUAGUGGACUCAAUUGGGACGGUGAACAUUACUCUCUUUGGUGAUUACGUCUUGCCACGAGUCUCGAGGUUACUUUCAUCAGCUGUUCCAUACGUGCGAAUGGUAUUCGCCAGUUGUUUGCCGUAUCUGGCACAGGUAUCUCUGAAGUUUUAUCACAUGGCAAUGAUCUUGAAGAACAAUGUCCUAGAAACAUUUGUGGAUCCCCAAACUGAGAAUGGUGGAGUCUCACCAACGGGAAUAUUCGACAUCUCUAAAGAGGCACUGCAAGCUGAUUUCGAAACGUUUAGUAUAUCGGUUCUCACAGAUACAGAUACAGCUGUUAAGGUUGCUCUGUUGAGAAACAUUCUUCCAUUAUGUGCAUUUUUUGGAAAAGAGAGAACCAACGAUCUUAUUUUGGGUCAUUUGAUUACAUAUCUUAACGACAAAGACUCUCAACUCAGACUGGCAUUUGUCGAAGCAGUCGUGGGAAUCUCUAUCUAUGUGGGGAUAGUCAGUCUGGAACACUACAUAAUGCCCCUUCUUGUCCAAACACUCUCAGAUCCUGAAGAGCUGGUUGUGAUCAAAAUUUUACAGAUUUGCAAUGAAUUAGCGAAGCUUGGUUUGAUUCGAAGAGAUGUCAUUUGGGAUCUGUUCACCACCAUAUCGAAGCUUUUGUUACACCCCAAUGAAUGGAUAAGACAAGCUGCAAUCUCCCUCAUCGUUACAGUUGCAGACUCUUUAUCACUUGCAGAUCUUUAUUGUAUGUUGUACCCAAUCAUCAGGCCGUAUAUUGAGUAUGAUGUUACUGAUUUCUCAUGGGAUACGUUAUACCUCGUCUGUAAAAGGCCCCUGAGUCGUCCAGUUUACAAUCUGGCAUGCACAUGGUCGCUUCGGGCAGAUAAGACGUUCUUUUGGAAACAGGCUAAGAGUUCACUUGUUGACAUAUUUGGUAACAGAGGUCUCGAUUUCAUGAGUCACCCUGUGUCAACUUUGAACGGAUCCAAGAGACAAACAACAGAGUCAAUUAUCUAUGGUAACAUGGAGAUUCCAUUGACAGAUGAGGAUAAAACUUGGAUUGAGAGACUUAAAUCAUCGGGCUUAUCUGAGAAUGAACUUUGGAAGAUUACUGAGCUUCGUGAAUAUAUUUUCCGACUUUCUCGUAUGAGCUCAAGGGCCAGUCGAGACGAUUUUGAAGGUCAAUGCAUUCAAAUCCAAUCACUGGGUAUUCUUCCUAGAAACAUCUUCUUCGAUGCGAAGGUUCAUAGCGAACCAUUUGUACAAACAACUAUUGAAGAGACGUUCUCCACAUCCGAUGAUCGCCUCGUUUCACAAAGCUUUGGUGUGAAUGAUGAUGAUGACUCUCAAGCCGAUGAGAGGACGCUGCAGAUCACCCCUGAACCUUCAGAAGAUAUGACACGUUCUUUGAUCUUAGGGCCCCACAAAUCAGCCCCAUCUACAAUGGCAAACGAACAAAACGCAUACGGUGAAUUAGAAUCCUCCUUCCAGAAGAAGAGAAGGACAUCUUCCCACGCACAGAAGCUUACGUCUAAUAAUGUACUAACUUCUGUUGUCACCAAUAGUUACACUGGGAAAGACCCAUAUGUUAUUCGUUACCUAAACACGGUCACAUUAGAACCCUCACUUGAGGAAUUUCCAGAGUUCUCCCACUCUGAGAAUACCGUGGUUGUGAACUCUUCCAAGUUUUGGGCACCAACAGGUAGUCUUGUUGCACAUUUGAGAGAGCAUAAGGCUAGCAUAAAUUCCAUAGAUGUAUCUCCGGAUCAUUCUUAUUUCAUUACUGGUGAUGAUUUGGGUGUGUUGAAGUUUUGGGACACAUCCAGACUGGAGAGAUGUGUAUCUUAUUCCUCAGUAAUGUCAGUGGAACUAGACUCAGCAAUCACCAAAGUGAAAUUUCUUAACAACUAUCACUGCUUUGGUGUUGCUACAAAAGAUGGUUCGUUGAAGAUAAUGUCGGUCAAUUUCAACAAGUCCAAAAAACCUGUGCUUGUUGAAGGAGUGACCGUUAUUAGAGAGACAAAACUCGAAGAAGAUCAGUUUGCACUUGAUUUAGCUUUUGGAUUUAAGGAGCAAAACCACAUGCUUUAUGUGGUAACCUCAUUGUCACAAAUCAUUAUCAUUGAUAUAAGAAAUAUGGACUGUGUUGUGAAACUACAGAACAAUCCAUUGCAUGGAGUCAUUAGAACGUUUGCAAUAUCACAUGACGACAGCUGGCUGAUUGUUGGUACUUCUAAGGGAGUUUUGAACCUCUGGGAUGUAAGAUUUCAGCUUCACUUGAAGUCUUGGAGAUUCAAGAAAGGUUAUCCUAUUAACAAAGUUGCUGUUCUCUCUAAUGACUAUCAUCUUAACCGCAAGAAGGGGCGUUUUGUGAGCAUAAUUGGCGGAUCUGGUGACGCUGAUGCCAAUAUAUUCGAUGUGAGCACUGGCAUGUUCAGAGAGAUAUUCACGGAUUCAAACGGUGGGAACGCCUUGGAUAGAUUAGUACCUGAAGACGCUGAUGGACUAUCAAUGGAAACGCUAACGAAUGAAGUUAGUUCGAUAAGUGUGGAUUAUCCAAACAAGUCACUGACGGCAUUGAAGGUUGUUGAUAACCAGCUGGAAAUGAAGAAAAGGCUAUGGAUCAUAACUGCUGCUUCCAAUUUCGAUUUGCUACUAUGGAAUGUUCACGAUCCAGUGAACUCAAAGGUAUUAGUUGAUGGAUCUGAGAACCGAGCCGGAUUUACCGUAUCUCAGAUAAGCUCACACACACGAAUAAUAUCUGAGAGGUAUCUCACGGAGUCUGAAACGGAAUCUGUAAAGAAGAAGAAGAAAUCACAGAGAGGGUUGAUGAACAAUGAACAAGAAACACUGAUAAAGAGACAUCAUGAUGUGAUCACAGAUAUUGCUGUGGUGCUCAAACCGAUGAGCCCGAACGAUUACGCCACCUGGAACAAUAAGAAAUCCGCAAACAUGGAUUCCCACAUUGACCCAAGUUUCAGUAAACAAGCUGAGUUAUUACAACAGAGUACCCAAGAGGCUUCUGCCGAAUCGUUCGACGUUGCUGCUGCGGCUGUUGCUGUUUCUAAUGACAACGCGACCAGAGAAGCUGACGCUGAAGUGGAAGCCGCAGCUGUAGUGGCUGCUCAACAGGAUCAACAACAACAACAGCAACAACAACAACAGGAUUUGAAGCACGAAGAGUCUCGUACAGAUGGUCCACCACUCAGCCGCCAUGGAAAGCCGCUGACGGACACUAAAAGAGCUAAACAAAACAGAAUUGCUCAGAGAGCUUUCAGGGAACGCAAGGAUAAAUACAUCAAGGAAUUGGAGGAGAAAGCCAGAGAAGUAGAUGCAUUGAAGGCCACCAUUGAAAGUCUGAAACAGGAUAACAUCGAACUCAGAGACUAUGUCCUGGCUGUCCAAGCCAAGUUGAUCGAUCAACCUGACAUUCCAGCGCCUGCUUCCCUUUACGGUAACAGAGCCAACUUGGUGAAGAAGGAUUGA